AUGUCCACCAUCCUCCCCACUGAACUGCACAGACCCUGUGGCUGCCUGGAGCAAGUGCUGCAGUUUGACCAGAAAGAGCAGAAGAGCUUCCUGAGGCCUCGGAAGGGUUACUGGGACUUCCUCUGCACGGCCCUGUGGUGGCAGCGUGGGGACACGGAGCCAGUCCACUUUGUCCACUCACAGGACAAGUUGAAGACCCCACUGGGAAAAGGCCGAGCCUUCAUCCGCUUCUGUCUUGCCCUCGGACAGCUGGCCGAGUCCCUGCAGCUCUGCCUCCUGAACCCAGAGCUAACCAGGGAGUGGUAUGGCCCCCGGAGCCCUCUGGUGUGCCCUGAACUCCAGGAAGACAUCCUGGACUCCCUCUAGGCUCUCAACGAGGUGACCUUCGACUUGGACCUGCAACGGCCAGACUUGGAUGGAGCCUGGCCCAUGUUUUCAGACCUUCUGUUUCCCCAGUGUCAUCUUAGGAGGUCCCAUGAUACUGCACAGAAAACCCACUCAUUAAAGAGUUGUUGGAUGGUUGGGGUAGGCGGUUAGAAGGAUGAAUAGAUGUUGGG